AUGGAAAAUCCAGAGCAAAUUACAAUUUUGACUAGGUCUUCAUCUCUAAAUGUUGAGAUCAACAGUCAACCGGACAAUCCACCAACAUACGAAGAGGCUGUUGCUAAUACUUCUUUAAGAACUUCUGAAGAAAUUGAAAUUACCCAAAAAGUUACGAGCUCUGAUCGAGAAGAUAGCUGGGAUAAUAUUUGCGAAAAAGUUGAGUCUUGGUCAACAAAGUCAACGGGCGAUAAAGAAGAUUCUUUUGAAGCCACCUUACCACUCGUUGAAUUUGAUAAUCAAUUCUCUGUAAUUGAUCUGAAGUUUUACACAAGAUACGAAAAAUAUCUUGAUGAUGUGAGGAGAGAAGAUCCUGAAAAGUAUGAAAAAUUCAAGAUGUAUUUUUCAUUUCUGGAUGCACAUAUUCAUAGUUACCAUAAUCUCUUUUAUGAUGCGAUAUGGUACUACAGUAAAGCAGGUGCAUUUGACUUGUUGCUCUGGAGAAGAAAGCAAUAUGAAGAGGAUUUUGAAUGGUCAUUAUUAAGUUUUGGCCAUGCCCUCCACCUCGAGAGCGAACGAAAAACUUAG